GAAAUGUGAUUGGCCUGAUGUUGGACGUUCUAUAUAUCUAAGAUGUUCCCCUAGUCUGGUAUUGAAGGAUCUAAAGGUUCUACCGAUGUGACAUGCAUUGCAGAUUAUCAAAAUGGCAUGCAGUAACAAGGUCACUGUAGAAGUUCCUCUAUUUCUUAAUUAUGUAUAUUUUUUGCUGACAUCUUCAGUUGUAACAAACUUGAUUAUAUAUCGAACAUGCUAUAUAACACUCGGUUACGAGAAAAGCGAUUGUUCCCAGUUAGGAAAUAAAGAUAAUAAUGUAACUCAUCAUUAUGAAAAAAUGGUUCAACCUUAUGCAGAUGUUGUACUAAUGGUAAAGAAUCUCCUCGAUUUACUUCUGCCGACGUUUAUUUGCCUAAUUGCAGGUUCAUGGUCUGAUAAGCAUGGAAGAAAACCAGUUUUAUUGGUUACUUUAGGAGGUAUGGCAUUAGGCUGCGGGCUAAUAAUAUUGUACUGCCUGUUUGAAAACUUUUCUCCCUGGAUAUUUUUAAUCACUGCAAUACCAACUAUGAUAACAGGCAGUAAUACUACAUUUUUUGCAAUAGUGCUGUCCUACAUAUCCGAUACUUCAACAAAGGAAUCCAGGGGUAUGAGAAUGGUUUUUUCUGAAGUAGCCUUAGCAACUGGUUCUCUUUUGGGAAGCAUUACAAGUUCUUAUAUAUUUUACGCUACUAAUUAUCCAUCCAUGUUUGCAAUUGGACUGGCAUGUGUAUCAAUCGGUAUAGCGUAUACAAUAUUUUAUAUACCUGAGUCUAUAGAAAAUACGCACGGUUCCAAAGAAUUAAUAAUAAAUAAUGAAGGUGAAAAAGAAAAAGUGGUUCGAUUAAACUUUUUUAAAGAAAUAAUUCAAACUACCAUUAAAAAACGAAAAAACUACGACAGAGCCAUAAUCAUUUUAACACUUGCGUCCAUCAUAAUUUAUAUAUUUCUCACACAUGCAGAUACAAGUAUGCGAUAUGUUUUCCUUCGAGGAAGACUGAACUGGACAUUUACAAAGUACAAUCUUUAUAACAGUAUUUGUAGUUUAGUUUGGGUUCUUGGUACAAUGACCGGAACUUAUAUUCUUCAGGGGAGAUUUCAUAUAAAGGAUUCCGUACUUGCUCUGAUAGGGUUGAUAUCAAUGUUAAGUUGCGUCAUUUUGCAGUUUCUGGCAACCAACGAUACAAUGAUUUAUAUUGCUGGCGUUUCAAAAUGUUUGGGAGGUCUGGUCGCUCCCAUGUUACGAGCACAUAUAUCUCACUUAGUACCAUCUGAUGAAGUUGGUAAGAUAUUCGCAAUGGUUGUUGGAGGUGGAGCAUUAGUUUCUGCUGCUUUAACACCUGUAUAUACAUUAGUAUAUAACAGUACGAUCUAUCUAAAUUCUGCAUUAUAUAAUCUACUUUCCAUUUCAUUAUUGGCAAUAACCAUGGCUUUAGUAAUAUUGGUUCUAUUUUUAGAAAAAAAAUCUAAACCUGAAGCUGAGGUUGUUAAAGAAAUUAAUCAGAAAGAGGGCUAACAAUUUAGAAAGUUUGAUAUUAUACGAUAUAAUAUAUAAUUAUUUUUUAUACUUAUAAUUUAUUAAAUAAA